UGUGCAGAAGUCCUUCUUGUCCUGGUCGUUGUUCCUGUCUGAGUACCAGCUCCCUAUUACCCUGAGGGAGGGCGGGCCUGCAGCUGAGGAAAGGAGGCGGAAAAGAAAUUGUCCCGGAUCCCUGCAGGUUGCAGUACAACGCCAGGCAAGAGAAGAGGAAGGAAAUUAACCAGCUCGGUGAAGGUCGAGUUGAAGGUCUGCUGUAGCAGGUGGCACUGCUUGAAACAGGGGAGGAACUUUCCCCCGGAUCAGUAGAGGUUAACCUCCAGAACUUAGUUACUGUGGCCUUGAAGCAACUGAAGAAGAUCACUCUCCACAGGCCUGCACUCAGGCCCAAAGCCCUUUUUCCCUACCUUGACUGACUAUUUCUUGGUCCCUGCUGUUGUCAGGGACGAUUGCAUGGGCUACGCCAGGAAAGUAGGCUGGGUGACUGCAGGCCUGGUGAUUGGGGCUGGAGCCUGCUAUUGUAUUUACAGACUGACCCGAGGAAGAAAACAGAACAAGGAGAAAAUGGCUGAGGGUAGCUCAGCUGAUGUGGAUGAUGCUGGGGACUGUUCUGGGGCCAGGUAUAAUGACUGGUCUGAUGAUGACAAUGACAGUAAUGAGAGCAAGAGUAUAGUUUGGUACCCACCUUGGGCCAGGAUUGGCACUGAAGCAGGGACCAGAGCUAGAGCCAGGGCAAGAGCCAGGGCUACCAGGGCUAGAAGAGCUGUCCAGAAAAGAGCUUCUCCUAAUUCAGAUGACACUGUUUUGUCCCCUCAAGAGUUACAAAAAGUACUUUGUUUGGUUGAGAUGUCUGAAAAGCCUUAUAUUCUUGAAGCAGCUUUAAUUGCAUUGGGUAAUAAUGCUGCUUAUGCGUUUAACAGAGAUAUUAUUCGUGAUUUGGGUGGUCUCCCAAUUGUUGCAAAAAUUCUCAAUACUCGGGAUCCCAUUGUUAAGGAAAAGGCUUUAAUUGUCUUAAAUAACUUGAGUGUGAAUGCUGAAAAUCAGCGCAGGCUUAAGAUAUACAUGAAUCAAGUGUGUGAUGACACAAUCACUUCUCGAUUGAACUCAUCUGUGCAGCUGGCUGGACUCAGAUUGCUUACAAAUAUGACUGUUACUAAUGAGUAUCAGUAUAUCCUUGCUAAUUCCAUUUCAGACUUUUUUCGUUUAUUUUCAGCAGGAAAUGAAGAAACCAAACUUCAGGUUUUGAAACUUCUUUUGAAUCUGGCUGAAAAUCCAGCCAUGACUAGAGAACUGCUCAGGGCUCAAGUACCAUCUUCACUGGGCUCCCUCUUUAAUAAGAAGGAGAACAAAGAGGUUAUUCUUAAACUUCUGAUCGUGUUUGAGAACAUCAAUGACAAUUUCAAAUGGGAAGAAAAUGAGCCUGCCCAGAAUCACUUUAGUGAGGGUUCACUUUUUUUCUUUUUAAAAGAAUUUCAAGUGUGUGCUGAUAAAGUCCUGGGAAUAGAAAGCCACCAUGAUUUUCUAGUGAAAGUAAAAAUUGGAAAGAUUGCAGCCAAACUGACUGAGCGUAUGUUCCCAAAUAGCCAGGAAUAACUUGGUGGCUUUGUAGGGUAGCAGCAACACAACUUGCAAACUCUUCUUUUUUCUCCACCUUGUUUAUAUGGCAAAGAAAUCCUUUCAGUUGCCAGUUUUAAAUAAUGGCUAUCAUACUGUAUCAUCGUUGCUGAUAUUUAACCAAGUUUGUCUUCAGGUUUAAGUUGAAUAAAUGAACUAUCCCUACUUGUCCUGAAAACAUGUUUGUUGCUUUUUAUCUUGUUGCCUAGAUUGAAAUAUUUUUACCAUUUUCUCUGCAUAAGUGACAGUGAACCAAUUCAUCCUAACUAGGUUCUUUUCUGUCAUUUGCAUUGAUUUUAUUUGUGCAUCAUCAAUAAAGUUUUAUGUUAAUGCUGGAAAGAAACAACAGAAGAAGAAACUAUUCUGUCCCUUGGUUUAUGAUCUAGUUGUAGAGAUAAGAAACAUACAAACAAAACAAAACAAAAACUUUGAAAUUAUUUGGAGCAUACAUUCUGUCAGAUGUGUGCCUUCAGAACAUAAAGGAGGCAAAGGCUUUGGUGGCUGUAUGAGUCAGUUAAAGCUUCAGGGAGGACAGAGCCAUUUAAAGGGAGUCCUGAAUGAGGCAGGGAAGUUAGUUGCAUUCCAUGAGACCAGAGUCAAGGGGAAAUGAUGUGAGAAAGGCAUUAAUUUAGAAAACCUCCUGAUAGUCAAAACAGCCUUCUUAGAGUGUGGGGAAUAGCAUUAAAUAAAUCUAGAAAACUGUGUGAAGCCCAUUACAGAAGGCUUCUUGAAUGUAUUUUAACUAGGAAAGAAUUGGGGUAGAUAUAAAUAUUCUCCACACACAACAUGUACCAUCAAUGAUGGUGUAGCAAAAUGGACCCUUUCUGACCCUGGUGGUGGGCAUUUGGCAAUACAUAUCAUUAAGCCUUAAAAUAUGUAAACCUUUUGUCCUAAGGGGACAACUGAAUACUUGGCCAAAGAGUGAAUGUGCAAGGCCGUUCUUAUCAGCACUGUCUUAAGGUAGUAACAUUAGGAACAACUUUAGUGUCCCCGACACACUGAAUUGGCUAAAUAAAGAAUGUCCAUGCUGUGUGAUAAAUGUGCUGAUGGAAUUCAGUAUUGCUAGAAAAAGAUAUUCAUCAUACAUUGUUAAGUGAGCAAGGAAAGUUAGAUAGCACUCUUCAGAGUAUGAUUACAUAUGGGAGGGUUAAAUCAUGUUUAAAAAGAUGCUAAAAUCUAUGGAAUUAUAUACACCCAGGAAGUACUAAGAGUUAUAUUUGGAUGAAAGAUAAUGAGUGAUGCUUACUUUUUGUACUUAUGAUUCAUCUAUGUUUUCUUAUUUAUCAUAAAUUAAUAUUGAUUUUUAAAUGAAAGGUUUUGAGAAAGAAAAGUACUGGGAAUGCAGCAGGUGAUAAAUUUGAAUGUGUACUGAGUGGAAAAUAUUUAGGCCCCAAAUGUGGCAGUUUGAAGUUUCCUCUUCAGAAUGAUAGAUGAUGGUGAGGAUAAGGCUGAUUGUGAGAUUUAAAUGAGAGAAUUUAUCUAUAAUAUUCUGGCAUAUUGCAGCAGUUAAUUAAGAAAUGUGAGUACCUUUAAGUACCCAGAAUAUAGUGUUGAUCGGUUUUGGUUGACUUUUGUUUUGCUGGGGCAUUCUGCUAUGUUUCAGUGUCAUUUAAUAAAUAAUAAUAAUAAAGGUUAACA